CAAUGGAAAUCUGGAUCUUGUAGAUGGGAAGCAGAGUUCUGUAUGGUCAACCAAUGUUUCGGUGUCAACUAAUGGUUCGGCUGCAGUUCUUUUGGACAGUGGAACCUUUGUUCUCAAAGAUGACAUGGGAGCUGAUUUGUGGCAGACUUUUGAUUAUCCUAGUGACUCACUUCUGCCAAGUAUGUUGCUGGGAUUUGAUAGUAAUACUGGAAACUGGAAUUCGUUGACAUCAUGGAAAGGUCAAAAUGAUCCAUCAACUGGGGUAUUCUCGUUUGGAUUGUCAGCGCAGAUGCCAACACAAUUGUUCAUUUGGAAAAAUGGAUCAACUCCCAACUGGAGAAGUGGUCCAUGGGAUAAAUCAAAGUUUGUUGGUAUACCUGGUAUGAGUACUCAGUAUCUAAGUGGAUUCACUCUAGAUGAUAAUGUCAGACAGGGAACAAGGUAUUUCUCGUACAGUUUAUAUGACAAAACUCUAGCAUAUAUGGACAUAUCCUCUGACGGAAUCUUCAAGCUUAUGCUCUCGGAAAAUGGCGAGAACUGGGGUCUUAAUUUUGCUGCACCAAUGAAUGCAUGCGAAAGUUAUGGAGCCUGUGGACCUUUUGGGUUUUGCAAAGCUUCUGACCCUCCAGUCUGCCAGUGUUUGAAAGGGUUUAAACCCAAGUCAGUUGAGGAAUGGAGCAAAGGAAACUGGACAGGAGGUUGUGUGAGGCAAACCAAAUUGUCUUGUGAGAGACAAACAAAUACAUCAGUCUCAACAAUGGGGAAGAAAGAUGAGUUUUGGAAGAUGGAGAACUCCAAAAUACCUGAUCUUCAUGAAUAUCUGACGUCUUUAUCUAACGACUUCAGAGAGGACUACUCAUUGUAUAUACUAGGAGUUCAUCUCGGGUGGUGAGAUCUUUU